AUGAAGUCUCUGCCACCCAACUCGGACAUUCCAUGGCAACGCGUAAUCUCGUCACGCGGCGUCAUCUCGCCCCGCGGCGACCUCGGUCUGGGCGUCGCGCGCCAAAAGGAACGUCUCGAGGCAGAGGGCGUCGAGGUGGACACCGUCUCGGGACUCGGCGAGCGCGUCGACUUGCGCACAUACGGGUGGUUUCCCGAAGUCGGGCAGAUGGGACUGGAUGCGUGGCUCGCCCAGGCGCAGGGACAGGCUCAGGCUGGUGGUGGGGCAGGAGGAGGUGCGGGGCAGCAGGCUGCGCCGGAGGAUGGCAGCUGA